AUGACUUCGAAGUUUAAGAAUCCUUUUAAGGAUCUCAUGAAUCCAACAGACAUUUACACUGCACAAUGGCCGUUGUUAAAGUUAUCAUUCUUCAUGGGAAUUGUUCCUUAUAAGAUUGUAAACCGUGAAAAUUCGCGUCUUCAAAUCAGUGUUUUUGGUUUCACAAUUUUAAUUCUUCAUUUAAUUCUCUUCGGAUUCUGUUACAUCAGAACGAUAACAGUACACGAGAGCAUUGUCUCGUAUUUCUUUAAAACUGAAAUAUCAGUUCUCGGUGAUACGCUUCAACUUUGCAUUGGAUUAAUUGGGAUCUGUACAGUGUUCUUAUACAGUGUUAUUCAACGUCAUAAAUUUGUUGCAUGGUUUCAUCUCAUGACAAAAAUAGACGAACAAUUGAAGGAAAUUGGAAUAGAAACGGAUUACCGAAGCACAUUGCAGUUCAUAUUUCUCAUGCUAGCAGUGAAAUUUAUUUUCUUCAACACUUAUCUCAUCGGCAGUUGGGUGAUGUUUAAGAUUGAAAACAUUUACCCAAACUACACUUGUUGGAUUGUUUUCUUCAUGCCACACAUCUUUAUUUCCAUCAUGGUUGUUUUGUUUAUUUGUCUGAUGAAGCAAAUGAAGCACAGGUUUUUACUACUUAAUAAGAUUUUAAAGAAUUUAUGUCAGCAAAAUAAGCUUAGCACAGGAAUUCGACGGAAAAUUGUCAGACCGUGUGGAUUGUGCAGCUUUUAUUCAGAACCACAAAGAAGUAAUAUAAAGGAGAUUGUGAAUCAAAUUUCGAUUAUUCAUGACUCAUUAUGUGAUGCUUGCAAUUUAGUUGAAGAUUAUUUCUCUGCACAAAUGCUUACAACAGUUGCAAUUGCAUUUUUGAUUAUUGUUUUCAACACUUACUACAUCUUGGGAGCGAUGUUUGGAAACGCAAACAUUCCGGGACAGUAUUUCAACACAGUAGAAUUCAUAACAUUCUUCUCCUACCAAAUAGCUGUUCACUUUCUGUCAGUAUUUGCUGUCGUGUUUGUUUGCUCAUCUUUGUCGAAAGAAAGCGGAAAAACAGCGAUUUGUGUUCACAAAUUGUUAAACACAACAAACAGUGAAGAGUUGAAGGUGCAACUUACUCAAUUUUCAAUUCAAUUAGUUCACCGAAAAGUCAAAUUUACAGCUUGCAGCUUAUUUACUCUCGACACAAGCUUCAUAUUCACUAUUGUAAAAGCACUUUCAACAUACGUCAUAAUUCUCGUCCAAUUCACAAUUAAUCAAGAAGCGAAAGUUGAGCUGAUUAGACGCAAUUUGGAAGAACUUGUGAAAUUGAAUAACUUGACAAUGCCAAAUGAUAUGUAG